UUUUACCACUUAUAUUGUAAAUAAAUAUGUUGCACGCCGUGCAAAAAUAGACAAUAUUUUUAUAAAUAACGGGGAGAAACACAGAUUAAAACAAGUAUAUGUACAGUGUUAGUAAUCGUACAAUUGCACAAUCAUAAGAAAAUGGUUAAACCAAUACCUGAUCGCUGGCUUGAUUAUCAACCUAUUGGCCAGCGCAUUCCCUCUACACGUUUUAUUGCAUUCAAAGUUCCGCUGCAUCAGAAUAUCAAUGAGACUGUCGAUGAGCAGCAGCGUCUGGCGCCACAAUCUCUGCUCGAGUCUGUACCGAAUUUGGGCCUCAUCGUCGACUUGACCAACACCAAUCGAUACUACAAUCCGCAGGCAUUCACGGAUUACAAUGUGCAGCAUCAGAAGCUAAUGAUACCUGGACAUCAAACGCCUCCAGCUGCGCUGGCAAAGAGAUUUUGCCACUAUGUGGCGAAUUUUCUAGAGGCAAAUGCAGAUAAUGAUAAACUGAUUGGAGUACACUGCACACACGGCGUCAAUCGGACUGGUUAUCUGAUCUGUUACUUUAUGAUCACACAGAUGAAUAUGGCACCUAAAUUGGCCAUUCAAACAUUUGCGGAUGCGCGUGGCCAUAAAAUUGAACGCGACAAUUACACGAGUUCGUUGCUGCAACUGAUUGCGAAGGAAGCGAAUCAGACGAAUCAGAAUUGGCCGAGGCAAUUUCAAAAAACGAAGGAUGAUCAACAUGAUGAUAAUAGAUCAGGAAGUUGGCGCAACGAUCAAAGAAGUUGGCAGAAACAUCUGGAGCAUGAUCGACUGCAUAGGCAACAAAGAGAACAGAACGUACAGCAAAGGCAGCAGCGUCGAAAUCAGCCACAGCAAACGACACGCCAUCAAAACCAAUAUCAGGAUAGAUACUUUGACAGAAGACAACAAGAGCAACCGAAUCAAUAUCAGCCAAGUUAUCGUGGUAAUGAAACCAGGCGAUAUGAACCUUAUAAUCGUAAGAAUAGUUUUAACGUUUCGUUUAAUGAAAAGCAAACAAACCGGCAGACGAGACCACGACUUCAUUGGCAACGAGAGUCAAACGAUCAUGAUUAUAGAAGUCUGGGCUACAGAAGACACAACAAUAACUACAAUGACAACAACUACAGCAGAAAUAAUAAUUUCAGACCGUAUAACAAUCGGCAAGAGCAUCGCCCUGUUCACAUACGUUUCAAUGAUGAUUAUUAACAAACGAAGUUCCCUUCUCACUUUUACUAACUAAACUAGCUCGUUUUGGGUCUUUUUAAUAGAGUACAUUUUGCAAAUGAUUUCGCCAUGAAUAAAAUCCGGUUGGGUGUAGCUCAAUUUGUUGUAAAUUAUUGUCCAUUAGUCGAUUAAUAAUAAAAACAACAACAAGUACAA